AUGAGUAUUAAAUCAAUAGGAAAUUACAUCCUGGGUAAAACUUUAGGAGAAGGAACUUUUGGAUAGGUGCGAUUAGGUCAACAUACUAUUACGAAUGAAACUGUAGCAAUAAAGAUUUUAGAGAAGGAUAAAAUGAAAGAAGGCAUCGAUUAUGAAAGAAUUUCAAGAGAGAUUAAUUGUCUUAAAAAACUACGUCAUCCUAAUAUAAUAUAGAUCUAUGAAGUAUAGAUGACAAUUAUGUAAAGAUAGUUUAAAAUACAAACUCUUUAUAUUUGAUUAUGGAAUAUGCACCUGGAGGAGAAUUGUUUGAAGUUAUUAUUAAGAACUAAAGAUUAAAUGAAAAGGAAGCAGCAGAAUAUUUGAUGCAAAUACUUUCAGGAGUUCAAUAUAUGCAUGAUAAUUAUGUUAUGCAUAGGUACCCAUAAUAAAAUAUAUUAGAGAUCUAAAACCUGAGAAUUUACUAUUAGAUGAAAAUAACAAGAUCAAAAUUGUGGAUUUUGGUCUUUCAAAUCAAUUUAAAGAAGGGCAAUUACUUAAAACCGCAUGUGGCAGUCCUUGUUAUGCAGCUCCUGAAAUGAUAGCUGGUAAAGAGUAUGAUCCAAAAUCUGCAGACACAUGGAGUUGUGGAGUUAUUCUUUAUGCAAUGGUCAAUGGAUACCUACCUUUCGAAGAUACUAAUACUGCUCAACUAUAUAAAAAAAUCAUAUAUGGAGAAUAUGCUGCUCCAAAAUACAUGAGUCCUUUAUGUAAGGAUCUACUUGAAAAAAUAUUACAAGUUGAUCCUCUUAAAAGAUACAAUAUUUAAUAAAUAGUUAAACAUUAUUGGAUUCAAACCUGCAUUACUAAUCCUAUUCUUACACCAGGUUAUGGAGAAAUCAAUAUUUGCAAUGAAGUUUUACAAUAAUUAGCUACCUAUAAUUUCAAAUUACCUUAAGCUUAUGACUAUUUAAAAGCCAAUAAACAUGAUCCUGUGACUACUACUUAUUAUUUAUUGUUAAAUAAAUAUUUACGAGAAAAGUAGAAAGAUUAAGAGGAAGCUUUUUAAUAUAAAUUAAUUUAAAUUCCUCCUUCUUAACAUCCUCAAGUAGCUAUACUUAAAGAAACUUCUAACAUUCAAUCUCAAAGAAUUAGUUAAGUUGACACUAAGGAAAAUAAAACUCCAUCACGAAAUACACAAGAAUAAAAAUCAACUAAUUCUCUAAAAGUUUAUAAUAUUCAAAAUUCUUAACAAGAAAGAAUUUCACAGAUAGCAGAAACCCAAAAUUAAAAUGAUAUUGUUGAUGUCAAUGAAAAUUUAAAUUUCAACCUAUCAUAAAUAAAUCCUGUAAAUAACAAUCAAUUUGAAAUCAAUCAAGAUUAAGUAUAAGAUAAUGAUACUAGCAAUAAUAUGAAUAUUUCUGUUUAAAUUCCCUUUCCUGAAAGACCUUCUAUUCAAACAUCUUUAAAUAAUACUCCAAUCUAUUAAUCACAUUUUAAUUACAAUUAAUAUGAUUGUAAUUCUAGAGCGAGAUAAGUUUCACUUAGUAUUGAAAAAAAACCUGAAACCUUAUUCCCUACAGUUGAAUAAAUAAAAUUAAAAGCCCUACAAUUUAAAUAAAGAGCCUUUGAAAAUUAAGAUCGUUCACCUGCACCAUUAAAACCAAGACCAUUAAAAACUCCAUAAAGAUCUGCUAUUUAUAGAGCACCUAAUUUCAAUAAUUAACAUUCAUACGAAAGACCAUAGAGUCCAUUAAUUGUUAUAAAAUAACAUGAAGGUCCAUACCAUAUUAAUUAACUUGUUUAUGUAGAUCCAUAAAAAAUAACUCAAAAAAUUAUUACUCAUUUAUAAUCUUAAAAUUAUGAUGUUAAAAAAAAUAAAUUUGAAUUAAAGAUUAGUAAGAAUGAUUUUGUAAUGACAUUUACUAUGGCUCUAUUAUGUGACUCUGUUUAUGUUAUAAAAUGCUUAAAAAUAUAAGGAGAUUCAGAAGAAUAUGAAAAAAUUUAUAAAUAAAUAAUUAAGUUGAGAUGA